GAUUGCUGGGUGUCCAAUGCCGAACUCCUGAUUCACUACACUACCGUCACCUACCGUACUUUCUCUUUCACUGGCGCCCUUGCCAAGUUCCUUCAGUCUGACUUGCCGCGUGAGGCUCUGUCUCACCCAUUUCUUCUGCGGGAGAUUAUGGCCUUCUCCGGCUUCCACCUUGCCUAUCUCCAUCCCGAGAAACGCCAGACCUAUCUCUUAGUAGCCUCAAAGAACCAAGACCUUGCCAUUAGAGGUCUGAGGGAAAGUCUUUCCAAGGAUUUGACUCCUCAAAACUGCCACACCCUCUACGUUACGUCGAUUUUCCUCAUUCUCAGCAAAUUUGCCGCUUUUACGGCAGUCGACCCUCAACACCGGAAUCACAGCUGCUCGAUGCCUACCGAAAGCCUCUUAGAGAUCUUCACCAUGUUACAUGGUAUGGAUAGCGUUUUCCGCUCAUCAGAAAACGACAUACGCGACGGGCCGCUCGAAGGUCUGUUCAGCCAGGACUCUCAUGCUCAGAGCACUAGGGUGUUGUCGUUGUCGGCUCGACUUGAGGAGCUCAAGUUGUCAAUUGAGUCGGAGAGCCAAGAAUGUGAGACGAAGACAACCUUGGUCUCGGCCGUGGACAGUUUAGUUGCUGCCACUGUAAGAGUCGCCAACCAUCAAACGUCAGCGUCACCAGCCGAGCUAAGAGCCAUAUUCCUCUGGCCAAUGCUUGUCCCGCCAAAAUUCGUCGGCCUGGCUGAAAGAGGAGACCCCAUUGCUCUGCUCAUACUUGCGCAUUAUUGUGUUCUCAUUCACUGGGCUGCCGAAAGGUCCUGGUGUUUUGAAUCUUGGGCGCCAGCGUUGUCUCACGCCAUCGCGAACCAGGUGAGUGAUUCGCAUUGGGCAGCAUGGCUUGACUGGCCGUUGAACUUGAUCGACGAGAAUAUGCAAGGACUAUGUACGGCGGUUACCGUUGUUUCAACGCUUGACACGCAGCACUAG